GAAAAUGAGGAAGUAAUAAUAUUAAGAAGGGUAUGCGAAAUAAAUUGACCAGAACCCACACAACUACUUUCCUCCAUAGAAGGACAUGUUCUUGAAUCAUGACUACUACCCUACAUCUUCCUCUUCUUCUUUGAAACCAUUCGACUUCCAUGGCAAUGGCUCUCAACGCUGCUCUCUACAUCGCAAAGAUGACUUGGAUAGCUCUCACUGGUUGGAUCGUUUCUUGCAUAACUGUUGCUGAUGAAUUUGCUUCUUCUCUUCGCUCUGGUGAUAUUGGUCCCUUCCAUGUUGGUUGAUUCAUGAUCUUUUUUUCUUCUUUCUCCAAGAUGGUGAUUUAAGCAUUGAGCAUUGGGUUGAUGAAUGAUGGGUUAUGCAAUGAUUCUUUAGAUUAGUAUUGAUCAUGUAAAAGCUCGGUAACCGACACCUCCGAAGGUUCUGUUUAAAGCCUGAGUAAUGAUCUCUAUGGACAUGGCCUAACACGGGAAUUGAUUGUACCUAGUAGUAUUCAAGCUUAGAUGGAUUCGAGUCUGAGAUCUUGAGAGGAGUACAUUCUCAUGACUCAACACUUAGGGUUGUAUGUGUAGUAUCAGUAUGUGUCUUGUUUGUUAUUGGAUGGUGUAAAAGGGAAAAAGUAUGAAGUAAUAAAGUGAAAUUUGAUGGAUGGCAUGAUGUAUUAUUAACUAUGAAACUAUUGAAAACAUUGAACUUUUCUGAUACCAUUCUGAAUUUACACAUGCUUUGAAAAUUCAAAGUAUGCAACUGUACUACAUAUAUUCUAUUGUUACAGCUGCUCAUUUCAUAAAUGCUUAAUGUUUUAUCAUUUUGAUAUGGCUGGACAUGUUCCAUCAGCUGUCACUGAGCUGGAACAUGGGUGGUCCAGUUUAGAAUUUUUACUACCCAAUAAUAAGAGGCAUGUUUGAUUUUGGUAGGUAUGAGUUAUUUUCUCUCUAAAUUAAUGCUUUAUUUUGCUUAAACAUAAAUGGUACCUCUAAAAUACAUUCAAUUCCAUACUUUUUUGUGUCAAAAGAAAUUUGGUAUAGGCUCUUAUUUAUGCUGUUGGGGUAUUGUUAUCUUCAUCAUCAUUUAUAAAUACUAGUACAACAGUGUGUUGUAAUGAAAUGUCUUGAGAAAAAACUAAGGUUUCCAUUUAUAAAUCCAAAUAGCAUUUUGAAGGAGAUAGAAGAAUCACAAUGCCCGGAUAAUAACAAUUGCAACAAAUUGAAGUAGGGCCAUUUCAGCAAAAGUUGGGUGCACAUGUUAAUAAAACCUGAGUUUGUGUUUCAUUGUUAUACAAUUUAUUGAUAUUGUUGGGGCCUGUUUAGUCUAGCCAUUUAGACCCAUUGAAAUGUUUUUUUUUUUUUUUUUUAUAUAAAAGAAAAUCAAUGCAUUUGAACAUAAGAUCGUCUGAAAAGCACACUCUUCGAUAUUGUUGUUAAAAUCACAUAAUUCAAGCAAUGUAUUCGGGAAUUGUAAUCGGUUAUUGCUUUUUGGUAAUUGGAUUACCACUGUAUUGAUUUGUCUUAUUUAGAACAACUGUACUAGAGUAUUGUGUUUUAUUAAUUGGGUACCACUGUGUUGAGAAUUAAUUUUAGAAUACCUGUAACCGGUUACUAUACUAGGGUUACAGACAAACAUUUCAGUUUUUCUAUUUUGAUAGUUAGUUGUUUGUAUCCCAAUCAAUUGUACUCGUGUAUAUACCUUUGAGGUAUCAAUUUUUCACCCUCAAUUUCUCUCUCUAUCUCUCUCUCUCUCUCUCUCUCUCAUCCUUGUACUUCCAAGUUCUAACAUUUGGCAUCAAGAACAAUGUGAAUCCUCUUAUUAAAGGUGCAACACACACACAAUGAGCAUCACACAAGGAAGAAAAGAAGAAAAAUUUCAAUGCGCUAUUUUUAAUCCAUCAAUGCGUUGAUGCAUAUAAUUUUGAGAAAGUUGGUGAUUGCUAAUCAUAGCAAGCUGGGAAAUCUUGGAGAAGGCAUACGCAGAGGCUGAAAAGAUGAAAGUUGUGAGGUUACAAACUCACAAACGUCAACUUGAGUUAAUUCAAAUGGAGAAGGAGACCAUCAACGAUUUCACGAUGAGAAUUACUAGGUUGGUGAACCAACUAUAAGCAUGUGAAAAAACAAUCACGAAGAAGUAUGUUGUCGUAAAAAUCUUACAAUUUUUUAUGGUAAUAUUCAAUAACAUAGUCGUAUUGAUUGAGGAAUCAAAGGAUCUUAUGACGAUGAGCAAAGAGGAGCUACAAAGCUCUCUUGAGGCAUAUUAGUAGAGAAUUGAGGAUAGGAAUGUUGAUAAGGCAAAGACGGAUAUCGCUUUGCAAACUCGUUUCAA